GAGGGGAGGCGCGCGAUGCUGCGGUGGCUGGCGCGGCCGGCGGAGCGGUGCCUGGGGCGCGGCGGCUGCGGUUGCGGUAGCGGGGUCGGCGGCGGAGGGGACGGGCUGCUGUGGCACGCUGAGCUGAGGCCGCACGCGUCCGGGGAGUACUCCUUCGCCGUUGCGCAGGCCAACGAGAGCCUGGAGGACCAGGGCCAGGUGGCGACCUCGCCGGCGUCCACCUUCGUCGGUGUGUACGACGGCCACGGCGGGCCCGAGGCCUCACGCUUCCUCUCCUCCCGCCUCUUCCCGAACCUCCACAAGUUUGCAACAGAGCAAGGAGGCGUGUCGACAGACGCAAUCAAGAAGGCAUUCCAUGCUACAGAAGAGGAGUUCUUGCACCUAGUCAAGGGGACAUGGCUCAAACGGCCAAAGAUCGCCUCAGUCGGCUCAUGCUGUCUUGUUGGAGCAAUUGCCAAUAAUAAAUUGUAUGUCGCCAAUUUAGGCGACUCCAGAGCUGUCCUUGGUCAUAGAGGAGCCAAUGGCAGGGGAGUAGUGGCCGAGAGGCUGUCUAAUGAUCAUAAUGUUUCGGACGAGGCAGUAAGAAAGGAGGUCAGUCAGCAGCAUCCUGAUGAUUCGCACAUAGUCGUCUACAGCAGGGGCGUUUGGCGGAUUAAGGGCAUCAUUCAGGUUUCCAGAUCAUUUGGGGAUGUCUACCUGAAGAAGCCUGAAUUUGCCAGAGACCCUAUAUUCCAGCAAUAUGUCUGUCCUGUACCGUUGAAGCGGGCCGUCAUAACAGCCGAGCCAUCGAUCAAAGUACGGCAGAUAGGACAACAAGACCUCUUUGUAAUAUUUGCAUCGGACGGUCUAUGGGAACAGUUGACCGACAAAGCGGCGGUGGAGAUCGUCUUCAGAAACCCAAGAGCAGGAAUAGCGAGGCGACUGGUGAGAGCGGCGAUCUCUGAAGCCGCGAGGAAAAGAGAGAUGAGGUACGCCGACAUGCAACACAUCGAAAGAGGGAUCAAGCGGCAUUUCCACGACGAUAUCACGGUUGUGGUGCUCUACCUUGAUAGUCACAAACACGUCGUGCAAACGAAGUUCGGUAACCUGGACAGUUUCAAGUUCACCAAUGCACCGGUGGACAUCUUCUCGUCCUCAGGCGGAACAGUGGAACCGACGGUGCUGUGAGCUAGCGUUGUGUCUUGAGGAGGAUAAUAGUAGAUGAUAGUAAAAGGAAAAGGAACAAACCAGAGGAAAUUGAAGUCACAUAGACCGAACCAAGCACAUCUUUUUGUACAUAUACUGUGUGUAUAAUCAACCCACUCUAGGUAAGUUGAUGUAUGUAGACGAGAAUCUCGUUACAGUUGGAGACACUUUGUGUAUCGGUUAUGCAAGAUUGGAUUCCCCAGAAAAGAGAAAAGGAAGUGGAAAUCUAAAGAUUGUUCUCAGGAUCCUUUGCAUGCAACACAAGCUACGAACUGUUUGAUCAUGAAGCUUUGUUCCUCACUGUGAUACGUGGGUCCAGGAUUCCAGGCGAAAAAAUAACACAAUAUUGCUUGGAUUUGUGUGAGCACUGAGCAGGAGCACUAGCAUCGCCGUAUGGGCAGCCUACUGUUUGUCAGCUGCAGCAAAAGAAGAGCCUUCCCAGCUUUUGCGCCCUCUUUCUUUAGCUGACAUUGGUGUCUUCCCCUUGUUGCAUCAUGGCCUUGCUUGAGUAGAGCGCCAAGAAUAUAUUUUUAUUUCCAUUUUUUAGUCGAGUAGAGAUUGUAGUCUUCUGUUGUGAAGCCCAUGUCCCAAUGGUUGUUUCAUGCUACUGUGAAGUUGCUCAGCCUCCCAGGGCACAGCCAUGAACAAUUGUAAUGGUGGUUUUAUAGUGGGGAUUGUUUUAGAUACACUUC